UCUACGGCGCACCGCUGCGCUCAGUCCUCCUGCAACAAAAGCUCAAGACGCGCUCAUCUGCGCUGUCAGUGUGCGCCCGGAUCACAGCACAACUUAACCCUCUACACGACCAGACCAGCAACCGCUGACUGGAAUCAGACUGACACCCAAACACACCCGAGUCUUACAGACAGCGCGUUUAUCUGGGUUUGGAUGAAUCGCGGUAUCGUUUUUUAAUCUCGAGUCCAGUGCGCGGAGCAGGAAUGUCCCGGAGGAAACAGAGCAACCCCAAGCAAUUCAAACGGGUGUUUGACAAUGGGCUUGAGACGGACUCUGAGGAGACAGAGAAGAAAGAGAUCUUGAAAGAAGAAGAAGACGGGUCUGUGGAGGACGACCUGCUUUACUACUCUGACCCAGAGAACAUCGUCUCUAAAGAUGGAGAUCACUCGAGGAAUGGUGAAAUGGGUGGAAGUUUAAAGGUGGAGCAACAAGACAGUGACGGACAAGAAGAGAGAGUCCAACCAAGCCCGUUGACAACAGAGGAAUGGGACGGCCCAAGGGAGCUGAAAAUGGUUGGUGAAGGAGGAGAGAGAAGGAUUUGUUCUUGUCAGGCACUUCUGCUGGGCACCACGUGGGGACCUUUCCCUGGGAAGAUUGAGGCGGCCACAGGAGGAAGUGACAAGGCCUUGGAGAAGGCGGUGUUGUGUUUUGGAGAGUACGAGAGGGAGUGCGAGUGUGUGUGUCACGGGUAA